UUUCAAAUCAAGUAUACUUUGAUGUGUUUAGAAAGAUCUCCUCAGUGUUUUUAUUAAGGUACUGAAUAUUUUCGCGAACAACGUCAUUUCUCGGCUAUGGUAUUGGGUAUUGAACAGACUGUCCUUGAGUGAGCCGCCUCCACCAAAUCAGGUUUUUCGCCAUGUCGAGUAGAACUGCCUUAUUCGGAAGGCCUCAGCAAUCUCAAACACGACAUUUACUGCAAUUCAAAGCAGGGAAAAUGACGAUUGGUGACGAUAAUUGGGUUCAUGCUGACCCUCGCAAGGGAUGGGUCUAUGUUUAUCAGUCCGGGGACGGAAAGUUACACUUCUGUUGGAUCGAUCGCAAGACGUUUCUUGUUGAAGAUAAUUUCAUUAUUAAUGCCAAACAGGCUGAGUUUCAAAAGAUUCCACAGUGUACAACAGGUAGGGUUUAUCUCCUUAAGUUCAAAGGUCCCAAGCAUUUUUUCAUUUGGAUGCAAGAACCCAAUGGAAAAAAUGAUAGUGACAUUUGUUCAAGGAUAAAUGACUACAUUAGGUCUCCGCCCGCACAAACUACCACACUAUCAAGUGACUGGCUUAGUCGUUUUGAAAGUCUCAACCAACUUACUCAUAGAGACAUUCUGGCUUUGUUGUCGAUGGGGGUAGGACUCGGAAGUGGAUUGCCUUCGGAAUCUGAUGUACCAUCUACUCAGGCAACUGCUGUGACAAUCGGGCGUCAUUUAAAUACGGGGCACCUAGAUGAUUCUAAUGCCUCUACAUCUAUCAUUGGGACUACUGCCGCCACACCAUCUUCAGGAACUUCAUCUACAGGUGGUGACGCUCUACGUCCGUCUACAACCGAUAAACGACUUGAAGCUGGGAAGAUACAACUUCAGGAUUUGCGAAAUAUUCUCUCAUCAAUUUCUACUGCAACACGAAGUUCAUCAAAUAAUGCUAAGGUAGAAUUAAAUGACGUCUUAAACGUGGAUAACUUACACUCACUUCUGAAUAAGCCGGAUAUUCAAGAAAGAUUGUUGCCUCAUCUUCCUCCUCUGGAUCCUGAAUCGGCGAGUACAAAUGACCUGGAAAAUAUUACUGCAAACAUUCAGUCAUCUCAAUUCAAAACCACUUUAGAAUCCUUCUCAGAUGCUUUUCGAACAGGUGAACUUGCCCCGGUUUUGGCUCAAUUCAAUUUAGGUAUGAAAGCCGAUGAAGCUGCAAGACGAGGUGGAAUGCUGGCCUUGCUUUGUCAAACCUUGUUUUUACAUCUGCAUCAGAUACUCCUUGUUUAUCGGUGAUGCUGCCCAGGAAAUAAACUGUGGUUUUCCAAUUAGUUCGUCAUCAUAGCUGCCCUUGAAUGAAAGAUCGUCAAACGGAUUUGAACGUCCUCAAUAUGUCACAUUUUCAAACAAUUGUCUCAUAGAUUCACCAGAAAUAUUUUAUAAAAUCAAUAAUUCAUACCUAAAUUCCAUUGCAUCUGUGAAAACCUGUAGACUUGGUAAGCCAAAUGGUUUAUUCAUAGUAAUUAACUGUUUUAAUAAAUUACAACUAUUGAAAAAAUGUUACUUCAAACCGAAUGAUUUUUCAGCAGUUAAAAAAAUCAAACGAACCCACUUGUUAAAAACCAUUAAUGAAGAGUUUGAAAGUACGAAACUUAGCUCCCCCAUUCAGUAAACGCGUAGGAUCAUUUCGAAACGCAGAUAUCCCCUGCAUCUUACAUAGUGGUCCGUUUAUAAAUGAUUCUGAAAUCAACUCUAACUUUCUCAGUAGUAUUUUUGCGAUCAAUAAUGCACUAGAAAACUUUGGGUCAGAUAUCAAACACAUGACCCUUAACUUUAUGCAAUCUAUCUAUUUCACGUCUUCAAAUUAGUAAAGUCAUAACGUCUUAAGAUUUAAAAAAGUCUUCGACACAGUUAACAACCAGCUUCUUAUAAGCAAAUUCAUAUCUUGUGGGAUCAGAGAUCUCUUGCUUAAGUGGAUUUCUUCUCUUCUCAGUCGUUGAUAGCAAGUAGUUAAAAUAAGCUCUUUGUCGGACGCUCUUCUGGUCACAGUUUUGGUAACACAAAGUAGUGUCUUAGGUUGUUUGCUGUUUAUAGCUUAUGUAAAAUAUAUCUGUAAUGGCUUCAGCAUCGAUAAACCUUUUCUACACACAGAUGAUCUUACGGUUGUGUAUUCACUUCCUUCUCAGCCUAGCUGUAUGCGAAACUAUCAGUAUGGAGUUCAUUAGAGCGGCCUAAUAAUGCUCUGAAGGGAAUCUCGAACUAAGAGCUGUUAAAUGAAGAUGGAUUCAUCCUGACAGUUGAUGCAUCAAUUUCGACUUCACCAUAAAUGGUUAGGUGCUAUCCAGGUCUCACCGUGGUAGAUUUAGGAGUAAGAAACUCCCACGUAGACCUCAACGUUUUUCUAACUUCUAGGUUGUAUACUAAGUAAUUUCCAUAGCAAUGACUCACGUAUUUAGAUUUAAAAAGUAUGCGUCCGGUCAGUCCUCGAAUAUUGUACUUUUAUUCUGAGUAGUGUUUGCAUUACGGAUAAUCUCAGGUUGGAAUCUAUCCAGCAACGCCAUGCACUUCAGAUUCUUGGGAGUAAUUGCACCUUGCAUUACGGAUCCAGUUGCAUUAAGCUAGGAAUUGAUUUUUUAUGGAAGUGGUGACAAACUAAAUCUAAUCUUUUAUAUCCACUGAUGCAACACAAUAUGAAGAAUCAAGGAGUUAUGGCACUCGUAACUAUCAAAAUUAGAAUUGUUUCAUCUUAAAUCGACUCGGUCAAAAUGAGUUAGUUUGCAAUUAAAGUUUGGGAUUAGGGAAUAUUUUACCACGGUCUGUCCGUAAAACUAAAUCACUGACGUCGUUUGUACGCUACAUUGAUCAUUACCUCUGCUCUGAAGUAGCCUUAAAAAUGUUUACACCAGUGACCAUAUCUCACUCCACUGGUGAAAGCAUGCGGACAUUAAGCGUUUGAUCAUCACUAUUACUAAGUAGACUUAUCAAGCUUCCUUUCUUGUUGAUAUUUUAUCCAUUACUGUCUAAUUUGAUCAGUUUAAACAAAAUUUAUUCAAAGCAGUAGGUCACAAAAGAACCAACCAUAAUGACGACAAACCUAUCACAGUAAUUUUAGCUGUUUUUGUUCAAUGUCUUCUGUUCUUAUUUUGUGCUCCAUAGUCCAAGUAGUUAUGAGCGCGCUGUAAUGGUAUUAGAAUCUCUCUUUAACAUGCUAUUCAAUAUGAUGUCCCAUACUACGUACUGAGUAAAUGAUGGUUCCCAACUGUUGCUUCACAUUGUUAUAAUUCUUGUAACAAAUGUGCCUUAAAAUCAACUUAUGAACAUUCCUUUUUCAAAUAAUUUACGCUUAUGUCUUUAUUAUUUACAUGUUAUAUCCCUUCAUGUAUCAACUUGAUCAUCCCUAUAAACCGAGGUGCCUUCUCUAAUUAUUUUGAGAAUAUAACUUAUUUAUUGUGAUUUUUAUGUCACCUAUGUUAAUAAAUUGUCUUUACCAUUAUAUUAUGUGAAAACUGUUAGUUUAAAGCCAGAAGUUUCAUCCUGUUUUUGUUGGGCAUUUUGGUACUACCAAAUGAUUAGUUAACAGCUGAACCAAUUGAAUAUUUCAGCAUUCAGUGGCUAUAUACUUUCUUAAUAAAACCAUUUCAUAAAAACGCUACAAAGGUUGUUUAAUUGAAUUAAAAAGAGACCUAAGCUUUUUCUUGCAUAUUUAUGGUAAAC